GCAAAAUGGGGUUGGCGUAUACUGCCGUCUGCCUGCCGCUGUCCUGGGUAGUAGACAGAGACGAUAGAAUCGGAAAAACCCUGCUCCAACUGGUUGGUUCGCAUAUUGACGCCAUGGAUUCCCUCCACAGCCUGCACAGCUCUGCUUCAAAGCAAAGCCAUCUAAUUGUAUGUAAAAGUUCCUACUUGAACCUUUUUUUUCCCAACAUUUGUUCAGUGAUUUUGAGCAUCAUUUUCAACAUCGACACAGAGUAUUCAAUUCAUAGCUAGAAAGAGCAAAAGGUUCAUGGCCAGAGCUCCAUCUUCAAUCUUAAUCUUCCUCCGCCAAAACCCUCGUGCCCGCCAAAACCCAAAUACCCAAAUCAGAUACCAUACAACAGAAACCAAAGUAUGUGACUUUACAAAAGUUGUCCAACAUAUUUGUAAGAUUAUUAGAACAAAACCCAGAUGGGAGCAGGCUCUGCCCUCUGAGUACCCUUCUUUCAAUUUCUCUGAUCCCCAGUUUUUCACCGAGCUUUUGAAGCUCCAAAAGAAUGUGCUUUUAUCGCUUCGAUUUUUCUUCUGGUUGAGCUCUCAUAAUGGGUUUUCACCCGACCCCAUUUCGUGUAAAGCGCUUUUCAGUGCCCUCGUGGAGGCUAAGGCCUGCAAUGCUGCAAAAUCUUUUCUUGAACAUACCAGUUUUAGCCCUGAGCCUGCCUCAUUAGAAAGUUAUAUUCAGUGUCUUUGUGAGGGUGGAUGUAUUCAGGACGCGAUUGAUGUGUUUUAUAGGUUGAAAGAGGCUGGAGUGUGCCCUGCUAUAAUGACUUGGAAUGCUGCUUUGUCAGGUUGCCUUAAGGUUGGGAGGACUGAUUUUGUUUGGAAAUUGUAUCAAGAAAUGAUAGAAUGUGGUGUUGUAGCAGAUGUUGAUGUUGAGACUGUUGGGUAUCUCAUUCAAGCUUUUUGUGCUGAUAACAGGGUUUCAGAAGGUUAUGAACUUCUUCGACAGGUUUUGGUAAACGGACUAGUCCCUGAAAAUGCUGUUUUCAAUAAAUUGAUAUCUGGGUUUUGUAAGGAGAAGCAAUAUACUAGAGUAUCUGAACUCCUCCAUACCAUGAUUGCAAAGAACCGUGUCCCAGAUAAUUAUACAUAUCAGGAGGUAAUCAAUUGGCUGUGUAAGAAAGGAAAGGGGCUUGAGGGUUUACGUGUUUUUAAUGAUCUUAAGGAUAGAGGCUAUGCUCCAGAUAUUGCCAUGUAUACUACCAUGAUUCAUGGUCUUUGUACAAUAGGUUGGCUUGGGGAAGCUAGGGAGCUGUGGUUUGAGAUGAUUGAGAAGGGAUAUCAUUCAAAUGAGUACACAUACAAUACAAUGAUUCAUGGGUUUUGUAAGAUUGGCAAUUUUGAAAAGGCCAAGAUCUUGUACAAGGAGAUGUGUAAUAAAGGUCAUAAAGAAACCACAGUCAGUUACAAAUCUAUAGAAUUGGCAACAGCAAUCCAAAUUAAACUGUGUUCUGUUUUAUGA